AGGCGGGCGUGCGCACGCUCUGACGUAGGCCCGGCCGGCGGCGGGCAGGGCAGGGCGGGAGCGGUCGCCGCCGAGGACUGGAGCCGAGCCUCACGGCCGCCCUGACAGCAUGUAAACAACCUUUCGCCGAGAACCCAGGUCACCACUGAGAAGGGUGCCUUAAGGGAGAAGACUAUCAGAGGACACCAAUGCCAGGCGUGUCUGGAAUAGUGCUCGGUACAGGCAGCAUGAGACGUUCUGUGCCAGCCUCUGUGUGCUACUGGCAAAGGCUGGGGCUCUCCUGGUAGGAGGGUCCUGGGGCAGCCAGUACCAGGAGCCCCCCAAGGGAGCAUGGGACCAGCUAUGAACUCUUUACAGUGAACUUGGUUUAGCUUAUGAAGGAAUUGUAAAGGUUACUUACUUCGUACAUACGGAAGCCCUUGACAUUCAGAAGCCUUUGGUGUGAAGUGCCAGCAGCUGCCCUUGUCUACUGGAGUUAACAGGGUUCUUCUGGCACCAAAGUGAACUCUUCUUGGUACUUCUGGCAAUACAGAUCUUUAGGACAAAUCCACCUGCUGAAUGCUUUGGGGCAGGAGAAAAGUAAAGCCUUGGAAGCAGCCACGUGGCCGAACAGAAAACUCUCCCUUGUCGCUCGUCUGCCCAGACACUCGGUGUGACCCUUUUCUACUGCUAUUCUGCGCCACAGUUGUUUUCAGGCAGUUGGAUGACAUGAACUUUGAGAUGGAGUUUGUCACCCGUGGUGGACUGGCUGCCUUUCCAAGGCUUUUGCUGUCAGAAGGGACCAUCUGAAGGACUUGUUUGUGUGUGGAAAGGAGGGCACCAGCCUGACCUGCAUCUUCCACCAUGUUCCUGUUGCUGCCUUUUGAUAGCUUGAUUGUCAACCUUCUGGGCAUCUCCCUGACUGUCCUCUUCACCCUGCUGCUCGUUUUCAUCAUAGUCCCUGCCAUUUUUGGAGUCUCCUUUGGUAUCCGAAAGCUCUACAUGAAAACAUUGUUAAAGAUCUUUGCGUGGGCUACCUUAAGAAUGGAAAGAGGAGCCAAGGAGAAGAACCACCAGCUUUACAAGCCCUACACCAACGGAAUCAUUGCAAAAGAUCCCACUUCUCUGGAAGAAGAAAUCAAAGAAAUUCGUCGAAGUGGUAGUAACAAGGCUUUGGAUAAGACACCCGAGUUUGAGCUCUCUGACAUCUUCUACUUUUGCCGGAAAGGAAUGGAGACUAUUAUGGAUGACGAAGUGACAAAGAGAUUCUCAGCAGAAGAGUUGGAGUCCUGGAACUUGCUGAGCAGAACCAAUUACAAUUUCCAAUAUAUAAGCCUGCGGCUUACCAUCCUCUGGGGGUUAGGAGUGCUGAUUCGGUAUUGCUUCCUUCUGCCACUCAGGAUUGCUCUGGCAUUCACGGGGAUUAGCCUCUUGGUAGUGGGCACUACUAUGGUUGGAUACCUGCCAAAUGGGAGGUUUAAGGAGUUUUUGAGUAAACACGUUCAUUUAAUGUGCUACCGUAUCUGUGUACGAGCCCUCACAGCCAUCAUCACCUACCACAACAGGAAAAACAGACCAAGAAAUGGUGGCAUCUGUGUGGCUAAUCAUACCUCUCCCAUUGAUGUGAUCAUCUUAGCCAGUGAUGGCUACUAUGCCAUGGUGGGACAGGUACACGGGGGCCUCAUGGGUGUGAUUCAAAGAGCCAUGGUCAAAGCCUGUCCCCAUGUCUGGUUUGAACGUUCUGAGGUGAAAGAUCGCCACCUGGUGGCUAAGAGAUUAACUGAGCACGUACAAGAUAAAAGCAAGCUGCCCAUCCUCAUCUUCCCAGAAGGAACCUGCAUCAAUAACACGUCAGUGAUGAUGUUCAAAAAGGGAAGCUUUGAAAUUGGAGCCACUGUUUACCCUGUUGCUAUCAAGUAUGACCCUCAGUUUGGUGACGCCUUCUGGAACAGCAGUAAGUACGGGAUGGUGACGUACUUGCUGAGAAUGAUGACCAGUUGGGCCAUUGUCUGCAGUGUCUGGUACCUGCCCCCUAUGACCAGAGAGAAAGAGGAAGAUGCUGUGCAGUUUGCUAACAGAGUGAAGUCUGCCAUUGCUCGGCAGGGAGGAUUGGUAGACCUUCUGUGGGACGGUGGAUUGAAGAGAGAAAAGGUAAAGGACACAUUCAAGGAGGAGCAGCAGAAACUGUAUAGCAAGAUGAUUGUUGGCAACCAUGAGGACCGGAGCCGGUCCUGAGCCUCUGUCUUGCACUGGCUGGAGCCGCCACCUCUAAAUCCUGAUGUGUGAACCAGCUGGAGUUGUUGCUGCCACAGCCUCUACCAUCAUCCCCGCCACCCACUGCUGCAUCCUUCCAGACUCGCCCUCAGGCUGUUCUGGACUCCAGGACUCGAGAGUCUUCAGGGCUCCAUGGGCUGCCUGCUCUGCUCUAACCAGAGUGCUGCUGGCUGGGGCUCCCUGGGACAGAAUGCCUCUUGUUCCUUUAUAGUAAGCCUCUAAGAGGAAUGCCAUUAAAACAGCUCUCUGUUCUGUGCUAGCUGGUGAGAAGGUGGUCCUGUUCUUGCCCUGACAGAAUGCUGGGUGUUACUGUGUAGGGACAUCCAUGCUGGGGAAAGUCAGAAAAGACACUGCUGAGGCGAGUGCCUAAACAGCCUCCAACCUUGGCUUUGAGGUGGGACAAAAAGAAACUGUCUUCGGGAUGUUCAUUUCGGUAGCAAGUGGAGUCAUAAGUUCCUGUGUUUCUACGUACGAAGAUCAUCAGAGGAGAUAGGAAGAAACCACUGGGACCCUGGGCAGCUGGCUAGCCCCAGGAGUCUUGAUUCAGACUCCAGGCUGAGCCUGAAUGCCUCACGUGACUUGUCUGUUUAGUAUGUCUCAGUUUCCCUGUUUGUCACAUGGAAUUGCAGAGAAAGGGUGAUGAUGCCUACCUCACAGGGUUGUUGUGGGGAUCCCAGUGCUACUGUAUUGAAGGAAAUGUGUGCUGCUCUCACAGGGACAGCUUUGUAGAAAGUGGCAGGACAAGGUCAGAGCUCACAGCUGCUGCCCGGGAUUUUUAAACUUGUUUUGUGAGUAAAUAAAACUGGAUGGUAAAUGAA